GUAACCCGCCCUCUUUAAAAGCCCCACUGCUCCCCCGGCAUCCAGAACUAGCCACUCCUUUCUUGGGCACUGCUGCCAUGAACACCUUCCUGCUCUCUGCACUGUGUCUCCUCUGGGCCUGGGCCGCCCUGGCAGGGGGAGUCACUGUGCAGGAGGGAGAGUCCUCCUUUUCUUUGGAGUCAGUGAAGAAGCUCAAGGACCUGCGGGAGCUCCAGGCGCCCAGCAUCAGGAACCGCCGGAAGGCUGAUGGAUGCCUGGCUCCCAUCCUCUGUAGGUACCCCAACUCUCCCGAAGAACUCAAGCCUAUCUGCCAGCAGCCCGGCGCCCAGCAGAUCCUCCAGAGGCCGGAGACCAUCGCCCAGGACCCGAGCAUGUGUGAAAUCUGUGCCUACGCUGCCUGCGCCGGAUGCUGGGACCGCUGGUGCUCGCUGCCUUCUGCCCCUCCCCUGCAGGAUGCUCCCUCUUCCCGCAGCUCAACCUACCUGCCCCCGAACCAGGAGCGAGCAGCCUGGGGAGGCCCAGCCCCUGACCCCAUCCGAGCUGCUAGGUGCUUCCCAAGAGCCACUCCAACCCUCACCUAA